AUGGGAAAAUUGGGUUUUCUGAAAAAAAUCGAUUACAAAAAGAAGAUCAAGAUGCGCUGGUACAUCAGAGCGGCGAUCGGUGUGCUGGGACUCGCGCAUAUUGGAUUGGGCAUUUGGGUGGCGAUGCAGGUUGUGGCGUGAGUUUUGGGGUGGGGAGAUGCGCCUUGAAUUUCUGGAGGUCCCAGGUUCGAGUCCCGGUGCAUGCGAAGGAUUUUUUCCAGAAAAAAAUGUCAGGGAAAAAAUUUUUUAUUGAAGACCAGGUUUUCAAGCAAAAAUGUGAUUUUUUUUUGAUUUCGGAGGCGAAAAAUCCUUUUCUUAACAAAUCGGCCCUGAUUCGAAUCGGAAGGUUUGGAAUCCCGAAUUUUGAUUCAGAAUGUCUGGAGGUCCGAUCUCUAAAUCUAGCCAUUCCAAUGCGCCUUUAAAUUCUGCACUCCCUAAAAUUAAAUUAAAUUUUUUUAAUGGGGUGAUUCAUACAAAAAAAUUGACAAAACAGUGCGAUUAAUUUCACGUUUUAUGUUAUUUUUUAGAAAUGAAUGCAAAAAAUUAACAAAAAACGUGAAAUUAAUCGCUGUUAAUUUUAAUUGUCAAUUUUUCCGUAUGCUCCCCAUAAAAUUAAUUUUAAUCAAAAAUUCCCCAACAUUUCCAGCGAAGACAAAGCGGUCGCACCAAUUAAAGCGGCUCUGUCAAGAGUGGGCGAAAAAGGCUACACCGACAGCAAUUCUCAACUCAAAGGUGUCGUCAUGCCAUUCAUCGUAGGAGUUUUCUGUCUGCUCUUCGCAAUUCUUCAAUAUCACAUCAUGUUUUAUAUCAUUUUUCUGCUUCUUAUUAUUGAAUUCGUCUGCUUUAUUUGGUCGCUGAUCUCAGUUUUCAUGAUUCAUAAACAUCAGGAGGCACAUUAUGUGUUGGUUGAAGAGCUUGAGAGGGAAAUGAAGAAGUUGGCGAAGAAGAAACAUGAGGAGGAGCAGAAGGCGGCUGAGGAAAAGGCGAAGGCUGCAAGUGCGCCCAAACCGGCGCCAAGCCGCCCGAAACUUCCAUUUGGUCUUGAUCCUAUUCCUAUUCCUGAUGUUGAUAUACCCAUUGUGGGUGGCGCGAUAAACAAGGUAACAGGCGCGGUAAAUGCGGCUGGAAGUGAUUAUUUUGAAGGGGUUCAUAAAUUUGUAACGGAGUUUAGAGGCAUCAUAAAAAAUCCUGAAAUUCUAGUCAAGGAACUCGAAAAAGUUGUUCCAUUAGUCUUGAGUUUUUUCGGCGAUUCGACCGAGGAAAUGGUUCGAAUUGUGAACAAAAAACCCGAAGUCAUCAAGGAUUACGAGAAUUUGAAGAAGGUGAUCAAUUUUGGAAAAAUUGUGGCUGGUGUUGGGAUGGCUGUUAGUGUUGUCAGCCUUUUUAUUGUUGCUGCAUUGAUUGUGUGAGUCAUGGGGUACUUUGUAGGAAAAUUUUCAGUUUUUACCCGAUUUUCAUUAAUAUAAUCUAAUUUUUUGCAGCCUCCACAAACCCGGCGGCAAAUUCGCCGACGCCACACAAAAAGAAGAGGCCUCCUCACAAAAAUCGGAUGUGACCUCGCUCAAAAAUCAGAGCAGCAAAAAAUCGGCGGUUUCGAAAUCUGCUGCUUCAAAAAAAUCACCUGGGGUGUCACCAGCGCCUUCGCCACUCAACAAUUAUCCACCACCGCCACAACAUCUCAACAAUUUUGGCCAUGGAAAUCGACAACAACAAUACAAUCCGUAUGUUUGA